AUGCAUAAUGCAUAUGCUGUUAAAAUUUGGAGACGAUUUACCACAUUGACUUGCGAUCAAAGUGUUCAAAAAAAGAAACAAAAACCCCCGAAGCUAACAAAAGUGUCGUUAAUUUCAGACUUCAGAACGCUCGGGCCGUCGCAAACGCGAGCGGGAGGCAGCCAGCGGUCAUUUCACGGGCGGGUGCUGCCCCCCAAAGCUCGCACUCAUCUAGCCCAGGGGCCAGCCCAGCAGCCGCGAACCAAGAGGCAACUUAGCAACAAACUCAACAACUUGUUCUGGAACAAAAGCUGGAACUCGUACAACCGACUGUCCAACAGAAUUAAGCGGCAAUCAUUCUCCUUCCAAGCAUCACAAAGCUUAAGCAAUUAA